AUGGAGGAGACCAACACCACAGACCUGUCCCUGAGCAACGUGACAUCUGGAUAUGGGGAUUGGUGGGAAAAUCUAGAAUAUAAAUGCUCAAGAUUGCCGUAUGGAUUGAUGGUCUUUGCCUGGGUCUGUAUAGGGAUUUGCCUCUGUGGGCUUGUGGGGAAUGGGAAAGUCAUGUGGUUCUUGGGCUUCCACAUGAAGCAGAACCCUUUCAGUGUCUACAUCCUGAACCUCGCUGUUGCUGACUUCUCUCUGCUCCUCCUGGUUUUUCUGCUCAUUUUGGCUUUUUUGAGCUCAACAGGAAUUUGUCCUUAUUGGCAUCACAUUAUUUAUUUCUACAUAGAUUUUAGAUCUGUAGCUGAGGUGCUGUGCCAUUUCUUUGACCUGAGCAGCCUGGGUCUCCUGACAGCAAUCAGCAUGGAGCAGUGCAUCUGCAUCCUCUUCCCUGUCUGGUAUCGCUGCCACCGCCCGACGCGCGUCUCAGCCGGUGUGAGUGGGGUGCUCUGGGCGCUCGCUGCUUGUUUCGUCUCCUCAAUGUAUCUCAGCACCAGCUUUGCUGAGAGCUACCAGAUGGUAUUUUCAGAUGUUGCCUUUGCAAUUGCCGUGGUUUUGUUAUCAGUGAUGUUGAUUUCCAGCCUGUUCCUGUUCUUCCGACUCUGCUGUGGCUCACAGAGACGGCAUCCGGGGAAACUCUAUGUUGCUGUCCUGCUCAACAUGAUCUGGCUUUUUGCCCUCAGUAUUCCUUUCAGUGUAGAGGUUUUCCUCAAUCUUUCAAGUUCCCAAGAGUUAUUUCCUGUGAGCUCAUCUCUUCUGCUGACGUUGCUGGACUGCUGCAUCAACCCAGUCAUUUACUUUCUGGCUGGGAGCUGCUGGCAGCGCUGGUUCCAGGGCUCCGUGGAUGGCACCUUCCAACAAGUGUUUGAAGAGGAAGAGGUGAGGGAGGAGGAGAGCUGUGCAUCUGAGGACACUGUGCUGGAGACCACUGUAUAA